AAUGUCUAACAUUUAAAAAAUGAAUUAUCUCCAUCCAUGGUGUUCCUUCUUCCCUUCCCCAGCAUUGUUUUUUCUUGGACAGUUCCUCGCUCUCCCACCAGCAGACACACAAAUGACUAGCAUCAUGGGUAGCCCUGAGAACUGUCUCGAGAUCUGCCCAGAAAAUUCCUUCUGUGUGAAUGCCACCCACUGUACCUGCCAGUCUGGGUUCAAGUCCCUCAAGGAGGCGCUCUACUUCCUUGGCAACAGUGAAGUCUGCGAUGACGUGAAUGAGUGCGUAGCACCUGAUCCAGUGAAAUGUGGUCCCGAUAAGCAGUGCAUCAACUUCCCUGGUGGAUUCAAUUGCACAUGUAACCCUGGAUUCACGGCUGAGCCAGGCAAGGAGAACUUCACAAAUACCAGUGGCACCGUGUGUCAGGACAUAGACGAGUGUGUGACACUGGGGCAUGACGCGUGUGGACCCAAUGCCACCUGCAUCAACAUCCCCGGGCGCUACAACUGUGUCUGUGCUGUGGGGUACCAGGCUGAUCCCGGCAAGGAGAACUUCAUGGGGUCCAACAACAACACCUGCCAGGAUAUUGACAAACGCAAGAGGCACCCUUGCGACCCCCGGGCCACCUGCAACAAUACACUGGGGAACUACAGCUACUUCUGCCCCCCCGACUCUGUCCUCAUCUCCGCCAGGGACCCCAGUGCUUCUCACAGGACUGUGUGCAAAAAUUUCUCCUGCUCCUCCCUGGAACAGAUCCUCUGCCCCAAGGGCUGGGAUACCCCCUGUGAGCACAAGGCCAAGGUGGAAAACAUAUGUGGUGCCCUGCGCAGCUGGCUGGAUGCCCAGAAGGCCAAGGAGAUCCUGAAGGACUUCCUGCUGCUGCUGGAGCAUGGCCUGGCCUCCCAGGCCCCCAUGGAGCAGAAGUACUGGCAUGUCACGAUCCUGCUGGCAGUAGCUGAGGACCUGAUGCGGCUACUGGGCCCUGUCUUGGGCCCCAGCACCACCCUCAAUACCAGUGCCUCGGACAUUAAUGAGUGUGUAACACUUGGCCAUGACGUUUGUGGACACAGUGCUAUUUGCCACAAUGUCGCUAGAACGUACCUCUGCAGCUGUGUCCAAGGACUCACGUCUGAUCCUGGGAGAGAGAACUUCACAGGGGCUAGAUGGAACACCUGCCGGGAAGUCCCCACCACUAACUGCAGUACCGCGUUUGAGGCCGUCACAGAGAUGUGCAGGAAUUUCUCUCUACAGGAAGCAGACCGCUCUUUCAGUUCCCUUCUGAACAUCUCAGCCCGACCCGGCUGCAGCGAGGACAAGGUGACAUUGGCCGUGACACUCCUGCUACAGAAAAUGGAACUGGCUGCUCUGGCCACUGCGUUGAGGUCCCCAGAGGUGACACAGACCAUAGAGAUGGAGUCCAUGGCUCUGGAGACACGCCGCAUCACAGGGACCUGCAGCCAGGACAGUGAGAUCUUUGUGCUGAGAGCCCAGGAGCAGGCAAUGGAAGUUCACUGCAGCAUAGUCAGCAAUGCCGCUUCCCAAGGUUCUGGGGCUGCUGUUUUUAUCUCUUACUCCACCCUUGACUCCAUCAUGAACAGUCCCAUCUUCCAGAAAACUUUUGUACCACCUGGCCAGGCCCUGAGGAAAGCACAGCUGCUGUCCCGGGUGGUGAGUGGGGUCAUUGGACCUCGGAAACCCAAUCUCCAGCUCUUGAGACCUGUGAAAAUCACCCUGCUCCACACACAGCCAAAGGCUGAGGCCGAAGAGGCUUUCUGCGUGCACUGGAAACUCAUUGCUGGAAAAGGUGUCUGGGCUCGGGAUGGCUGCUUCACCCUCCACAUCAACAGCACUCACACAGCCUGCAGCUGCAGCCACCUCUCUACCUUUGCCCUACUCAUGGCUCCUGUCCCUGUGGAGGACAGUGACGCCCUGAGUGUGCUCACCUACGUGGGGCUGAGCAUCUCCCUGCUGUGCCUCCUCCUGGCCAUCCUCACCUUCCUCCUGUGCCGCUCGCUGUGGAACGUCAGCACCGCCAUCCACCUGCAGCUCUGCCUCUGCCUCUUCCUCGCUGAUCUGCUCUUCCUCACAACCGUUACCUACACCAAAAACCGGACCGCAUGUGCUGUCAUCGCUGGCUUCCUCCACUACCUCUUCCUGGCUGCCUUCACCUGGAUGUUCCUGGAGGGGCUGCACCUCGUCCUCACCGUCAGGAACCUGAAGGUUGUAAACUACACCAGUGCCAGCCAGUUCAAGAAGCAAUACAUGUACCCCUUUGGCUAUGGGCUCCCAGCUCUGGUCGUGGCCAUUUCAGCAGCAGCCAACCCAGGUGGCUACAGAACAGAGCAUCACUGCUGGCUCAGCCUGGACAGAGGCUUUGUCUGGAGUUUCCUGGGGCCUGUCUGCCUUAUUAUCCUGAUAAAUCUAACCUGUUUCAUCCUGACGCUGUGGAUCCUAAGGAGCCACCUCUCCUGCCUCAACACAGAUGUGUCCACCCUGCGAGACCACAGGCUGCUGACUUUCAAAGCCAUCGCCCAGCUCUUCAUCCUGGGCUGCACAUGGAGCCUGGGUCUUUUCCAAGUUGGAGCAGCUGGCAGAGUUAUGGCAUAUUUAUUCACCAUCAUCAACAGUCUGCAGGGAGCCUUCAUCUUCCUGGUGCACUGCGUCCUCAAUCGCCAGGUGAGAGAGGAGUACCGGCGAUGGAUGAAGGGACGCCAGACAUCUGCCUCCAAGUCUCAGACAUCUAGUCUUGAAAUGCCCACCAUCCCCCCCAGCACCAAGUUGGUAACUGGAGCUGUGCUGGGUGCCAGCACCAGCCUCUAAGUCUGCUGCCUCCCAUCCACUCUCGUUAUGGCUCUGAGAUGCUUUGUGCCUCACUAGCCUAGUCCAGCUUUGUUGCCAUUUGGAGCCUUGCAUGUGUCCCCCUCCCGUCAUGACCAGCAGAGCAGUGUGUAACUUUCCCAGGGGACUCGACCCUGUCACGUGCCUUCCUUUCAAGGAAUGAAGAAGGUGGAGGAGGAGUGGCUCCUCUUGUGCCUGAAGAGGCUCCCUGCUCACGCCCGGCGUCUGGCAGUGCAUGGAAGAGGAAGCUGCCGAGUUCAGUGCCGAGAGCUGAUUGAUCCCUGCUGCCCUCUGGCCUCUCUGUGGAGGAGGUGGGCGGGGGAAAGGGAAUGGGCUCUAAAAUGCCUCAUCCUGCUGAGCCCCAUUUGAAAAGCCUCAAUGCCCACAGCAGAGUCUGCUUCUUCCUGUAGUUGCCUGUUGAGGGAAGAGCCAGCCCCUGCGCCAGUCCCUGCAGACAUCGGCCAUGAGAUGACCUGCGCAGCCAUCCCCAUGGAGGCCUUUGCUUCCAGCCAUGGCCUUCCUCACACAUAGCCAUGUGAAUUGCUGAACUGGUUCAGACUGCUGAAGCAUUCCCAAGCUUAGCAGUAGCAAUGCGGUACCAUGUGCCUGGCUUAGCAGUAGCAAUGCAAUACUGUGCUCAGUAACACUUCAAGGAGACCAGGUGCAGCCCCAGCCAUCACAAGUUGCCCUGCUCUGACCAAAAGAAGAGGGGAGAUGCCAUCCCACAUUACAUGAAGCCCCCAAGGAGAUAAGUGUUGCCCAGCACAAAGGGUUACCGACUAGGCAAACAAAACACGUGGCUCUUUGUAUAAGCAUGGAUGUCUUGUUGCCAGGCCUGGUACUUGUCCUCACAGCUGUUUUCGACCAGACCCAGGUUAUUUUCCUUCCCCUGCCUUGGAACAGUAUAUUCAAGGUCUCUGCCUGCUCCACUAAACCUCCACCUCAUUACGGGUGCUCAAAGUUGUCUCCCUGGUGGUCCGGCCCCAUCCCACUAGGUCUCCCACUGUUCCUGAGAGAUCCUGUAACAGGCCCUAAGGUUGGAGAGUGAAGUACCUGUGGCUUACUGAUAAGGCGGCAAACCUUGGUGUCAGUGAAAGGAGAUUGAAUAUCCCCUAAAUCCUCCCCAGCAGCAGGGACUUAGAAACCCACAAAACAGCAGGUCUGCAGCAAUGCAAGACUUAAACAGCCAAUAACUGUGGCAGUGUCCCUAAGGUCCAGAAGAUCCUGCACUGUGUUUCUGAGCUCAGUCGCAUCAAUCUGGAAUAACUGCACACUCCAGCGGAGCUCCUCCAGAUCGGUACCUAUGUGACCAAGAGCCUGUUCCCUUAUACCAGCUUCUUUCUGUCCUACUUGUAAAUGCCUGCACAUGGCACCCCUCAUGCUUUCCUGACCUAUAACUGGCAAAAUCAUGAAAUCAGUGCAAAAACAAUGCUAGGAAAAAUAAAUGGCAGAGUCUUUUUC